AUGAAGCUCCCCCUUUCGUUCUCUGGAGGCAUUGCUUUGCUUCUCAUUGGUAGCUUAGCAGGUGAUGUUGUCGCUACCAAACUUGACCCAAGCCGCGACCUGGUACGCCAGAAGAGCCGGGGACGGAAGAAUCAGAUGCGCAGCCUCGUUGGCCGCUCCAACCAGCAUAUAACCCACCAGUCCAGGCCCUAUACUAAUGAAUAUGCAUCGCCAUGCCAAAUUACCCCGCCACAGGAGAUCAAGGCCCCAAAGGAGAAUGUCUGGUAUGGCCUCACUGAUGACGAAACGGCGGAUGUUGCGAAAUGGCUGUUUGGUCGACCCGAAUUGAAUCUUACCACAACGGAGAAUGCGGGUGAAUGGGACAACACGAUUGCCCUGAUUGAGUUGCACCGUCCCAACAAAAGUGAAGCCAUUCCGUACCUGGAUGGCAGUGGACCAGCCCCGACACGCCACGCUCAUGUUCGAUUGAACAAUCGAGCUACGACAGACCCUUAUUUUGCGGACAUCCUGGUUGGACCUUUGCCUGUUAGCAACGCCACUACAUGGGAGCCCCUUGAAUUUCCGUACACCCGCAAGACACAAGGACAAGUGCGAAACGUCGAGCCGGAUGGCGAGACUGUGUACUCGGAGUGGCUGUUCAAAAUCAGUGCAUCAAUCGCUGAUAUCACCUUGGAUUUGUGGAACGGGACCGCAUUGGGGCUAGAGAACGAUACCCUAGACAUCUGGGGCAUUGACCCCUUAUGGCAGGACGAUGGCCGCAUCAUCCGCUGGGACAUGUUCUGGAAUAUGGCUGACGACGAGUUCGAUAGCGAGACCCUCCUGCCGCUGGGCCUGUAUCUAAAGUCCGAUGUUACUGGACGCGACCCGUCCCAAUGGAAGCUCCUAGGCUGGAUGUACAAUGACAUCUUCUAUGAAACGACUGAAGAAUUCCGCAAAGCGUACUGGUCUCCUGGAUUUGUCAAGCUCAAGCCCAAUGUUGACGGUGCCUGGGCCCACACCGAACAGAGAGGCCCUGUUCCUCCCCAAGACCGGAAACAGCCUCCAGUCAUGAUUGCUCCAGACGGGGCCCGGUACUCGGUCGACGCAGAGCGCAAGUAUGUAACUUGGAUGGACUUUUCUUUCUACAUUGCCUUCAACCGCGAUACUGGUCUCUCGCUGUUUGACAUAAAAUACAAAGGCCAACGAGUUCUAUACGAACUCGGCCUUCAAGAAGCACUUGCGCACUACGCAGCAAACGACCCAGUCCAGUCGAGCGUUGCCUACCUAGACUCGUACUACGGCUUCGGGCCAUACGCCUUUGAACUCCUCAAAGGCUACGACUGUCCAUCGUACGCCUCCUACCUGAAUACAUCCUUCUACAAGGACGAGGAAACCCACACCCACGUCGACAGCCUGUGUCUCUUCGAGUUCGAUGCCGACUACCCCAUGGCGCGCCACUCGACCUCCGAAUUCGUCUCCGUCACCAAGAACGUCUACUUUACUCUCCGCAGCGUCUCCACCAUCGGCAACUAUGACUACAUGUUCAGCUACAACUUCCACAUGGACGGAACGAUUGGCGUCGAAGUCCGCGCGUCGGGAUACAUCCAGUCGGCAUACUACGCCAACAAUCAAGACUUCGGCUACCAGAUCCACGACUCCCUCUCGGGCUCCAUGCACGACCACGUUCUGAACUUCAAAGCAGACUUCGACAUCCUCGGUCCAAAUAACACAAUCGAGCUAGUUUCCGUCGUCCCCGUCACAAAACAAUUCUCCUGGAGUGGUAACAAAACACGCAACACUAUGCAACUGGGCCGCUCCUUCAUCCACUCAGAAGACGAAGCACGGCUAAACUGGGGCUUCAACGGACAAACUCAGCUCCAUGUCGUGAACCAGGACAAACCAAAUAAGUUCGGAGAACCCCGCGGCUACCGUAUCCUUCCCUCCGCAGGGACCGCCCAUCUGACUGUCCUAAACAGCAGCAAUCUCGUGCACGCCGCACACUGGGCUGAGUACGACGUCCAGGUGACAAGGCAGCACGACUUCGAACCCACCUCCGCACACCCCUACAACAGCCAAGAUAUCCACAAUCCGCCUGUUGAUUUCUCUACCUUCUUCAACGGCGAAUCCCUCAACCAGACCGAUCUUGUCGUCUGGCUGAAUCUCGGCAUGCACCAUGUCCCGCACACAGGUGAUCUUCCAAACACGGUCUUCACAACUGCGCACUCGGGUGUCGCCUUCACGCCCCUGAAUUAUCUACCCGGUGAUCCUAGUCGCGAGACAGUGAACAUGGUCCGCGUGGACUAUAGUGACGGCGCAGCAACCGCUGUCCGGACGUUUGGCCAGAGUAAUGAGACUUGCAGUGUGGUGCUACAGCCAGUGGAGAAUGAGCUUUGGUCUUAUCAAGGAGACGUGGUUGUGAGGAAGUUUCCGUAUGAUCCGAAUGAUCCGUUCUAUGAGACGGAUAGUGAUGCAUAG